UUUAAGUAAUUGUGUAUAUUCACUUUUCGACUAUUUCUAUUUACAAAAUCUUAACUUUCCAACGUCUUAAACAGUAUACAUAUGGGUGAAAUGUUCGUAAUGUACUGUCCCACCACCCAAUAAACACUAAUUGCCUAGUCUACGCUUGUCAAGUUGACAGUUAAGUUCAUACGGGUUAGACAAAUCUAAUAGUCUGAUAAUUAAAACAAAAUCGUUUGAAUAGUGUUGUUGUUCAAUGCGGUAUUAUAUUUAUAUAGUCAUUUAAAAAUUGUAAUCAAUAUACGCCAGAUACGCAUCGACUUAACCAAUCUUCAGAUAAAAUAGUUUGUCAAAAUCUGAUUUGUUAAAUUUUUUAGCCAAUGAAAGGCAAGCAUGCUUAUGAACUUAAAAUGCUUUUACAGCGUUACUAGAGUGUCUGUUUAUUUGGUUCAAAUACAUUGACAAAAGUAUUCUGUAACGAUUUAAUUGACAAAUAAUAAUAAGUUUGGGAUAUUAUUUUAAACUGUUACAGUAAUAAUUGACAUAUCGGAUAACUAGUCAGAUGCAAUACUGUACUUCAAUGAUUAUCGAUAUCAAGGUGACCAAUUAUUGAGAUCUGUACACGAGAGACCAAUUUGCUGCUAUCAAUAACUAUACCCUUAUCAUCAUGUUCUAUUCAUGGAUCUAAUAAAAUUCUGUAAAUGAAAUAUGGCUGCUCAAACUCUACCAAUUACAAACAACUCUCCAGUUAUUUCAUUGAAAUCUAAUCAGGACAACUCGUUGAAAGCGGAUAUCUUCAAUUCGUCUGAUCAAAAUACAAUUCUCACAAAUUUCAAUUCAUUAUCUUCAUCAGCUUUACCGCCAAGCUAUCCGUCUGAAAAGCAUAAUAUUCUCGUCAAUCCUGCUCCCCCUCCUCCUCCUCCAACUACUACUACUAAUAAUAAUACCAAUAAUAAUAAUACUAAUAGUAGUGCAAAUGAAAAGGAAACAGUCACUAAGUCGAAUAUCAAUCACGUAACAAGUAAUACUUCCCCAGCUUCACAAGUAAAACAAAGUCCUCUAAUAGCCUCCCAACCAAUCAAAAUCAAUUAUCGAGAGGAUAAUAAAGAUCGCAGAGCUAAACAAUUAGAUUUAAAGCAUUUAACCUCUGAAAAAAUCCAAUCGAAAUUGCCUAUGAAUGCUGAAACCACAAAUACAAAUGAACCCUACUAUAUAAAAUCUCAGUCUACACAAAAUAGUCAACCGAGUGGUUUAUGCAUGUCACCAAGAUGUCCACCAGAUGGUGCUGCAUUUCAUGAAAUUUCUCCGUCUAAUCUCAGUAAAUCAAAGAAAUCUGUAAUAUAUGAAAAUUUAAUCGAUAGAUAUUUAUUGGUAGAGAAGAAUGAAUAUUUGAAAAAAGAGUUAAUGACACAACAAGCAUUGACUACCACUACUACUACUACUACUACUGUUACGAGCAAUACAACAAAUACUGUCACUAAUAAUAACACAAGUACAAUAAGUAAUCAUCCCCUGACUACUAAAAUUACUGAUUGUUCAACACAAAAAGUGCCAAAGCUUCAAGAAAAGUUACCUGAAGUAUCUGAGAAAAAUCCUGAAGUCAUCCCACAUACUUCUUCUGGUGUAGCUAACGAUAAAAACAAUGUGAUCUCAAAUUCCAUAAAUCACUUUCCAUCCCCUAAAAACCAAACCUCCAGUAAACCCCUUUCAUCAUCCAAUGUAAGUAACUGGUUUCCACCACCACCUCCCCCACCACUUCAAGACUCCAUGAUUGUUCCUGAGAAUUUGGAUAGCAAAGCACCACAUUAUCAUGAACAUUGUCGUCCAGAUGAAGUACAUUCAUCACUAAUAAACACCGGGACUAAUAAACCUUUGAGUAGUAAUACAACCAACCUGGAAACAAUGAAGGUUGCUAUUCCUGAACUUAUUAAUCCUUUAACACAAAUUAAUACAUCAAUCCCAUCAAGUAACUUCAGGUUACCUCCAUCUCCACCAACACCGCCUUUACCUCCACCAUCUACUCCACCUGGUCCACCGUCAGUUCCACCACGACAUCCAGCUACUACACUACAGCAUAAAACAUUACAAAAUAACUCUUCAAAGGUCACUUCUGAGCAAGUUCAAAAGCCUAUUACCAGCGAAAAUUUAAACACCACGAAGUCAAAUGAACCUGUUAGUGCAUCAUCUGUCUCUCCCAUAUUGCCAGUAUCUCAAACAGCUGGAAAAAUCAACAUUCCAAAUGUUCCAAAUCAGUUAGAUCAAACUUCAAAUUCAUCUGUCAUACAAGAUUCUGUUAAAGAUAAUAAGUCAGAUCCAUCUAAACAUCGUUCAAAAAGUCAUUCUGUGCCAUCAGAAUCAAAAGUACCAACCACCUCAGCGUGCACAAAGAUUGAUGAAAACAACAGAAAUUUAAUAAAAUAUCCACCAGAUGGUAGAUCUGUUGUCCCAUGGGAUUUUAACCAAGAAGAUACUACUCCACCAGUCACAUCAUCUUCUUCGUCUACACCAAUGAAAUCUUGUCGAACAGAUGAAAUGAAAAUGACUGAAUCAUUGAGUAGUAAAUCACAGCCCUCAACAAUAAGUUCAUCUUUAUCAUUCCCUGAUAGAAAUGUGAUUUGGGCGAAUUCUCAGUUACCAAUCUCCUCCCAUCAUCCAUCAGAAAAGUCCAAUUCUCAGAAUAUCGAUUCAAUAGAUUCUGUCAAAGGAACACAACAAUCAAAGAAAUCUACCAUCAUUCAAGAACAAAAUGCAAAGGCGGUUAGACCUAAUUGUUUGUCACAAUUUAUGGUGACAAAGUCUGCAGGAAUUGGUCAUCCAUCAUCUAAGCGUCUCUUAUCUCCUGAUGACUUAAAAAGUCAACAUCGUAUUCGAAAACACCUUAGUGUUACCAAUGCUACAGAUUUAAAUCAUUCAAUUUUAUUAGAAAGUGAUAAAAACGGAGAAUUCGUUCACCUUGCCUAUCCAAUAAAUGAUCCAACAGUUUUUAGUCAUCAUCAUAAUAAAGAAUUCCUCAUCAAUAGUCAUUCAGAUAUGCAACAUUUAAACCAUCCAGCAGCUGAGGCAUCUUGGUUAAAAGCCCAACAAAGAGCUGAAUUGAUGAAUACAAGUAAAUCACGAAAUGCAGUUCGUCGUUCAGGUCGUGAUUUUUCUCAGCGUCAAUUCAGCGCAGAACCUGUAUUUGUAAAUAAGGUAACAGGUGUUAUGCAUUUAUCCCCGUCAAUCACACACAAAGAGCAAACACAAUAUGUAACUUCUAGAAUCCCGUCUACUACUCACAUGCAUAAUAGUAAUAAUAAUAUACUUCUAAUGACACAAUCAAGUUUACCGUCUGGAUUUCCUGAACAACAACCAGAUUUUUUUAUACACUAUAGACAUAAAUCAGACAAUCCUAUUCAUACAAACUCUCAUUUUAUCACUGGUGAUUCUACGCAUCAACAAUACUAUCGUCAAAGGAAUCGUUCGCAUAACUCUGAUAAUUCCUGUAUGACAGAAUCAAUGGCGCCUAGUUAUGACGCUAGUAUGACACAGUCUGUAUUCUUCCCCUUAGACUCAGGAUGGGGUCCACCAGAAGUGAAACAACAAAGUGAAUCAACCAGUGGAAAUCAUAAAAAGCAUCGUUCAAAUGUAAAUCGUUCACAUAGUCAACGCAUUCCGGAUUCACAUGUCAGCAUUGAAUGUAAUCAGUUAAGCUUAAAUUCAGAUCAAUCAAGAUGUUUUAUCCCUUCAAAGUAUUAUUUUCAUCAGAAUUCAAGUCAAACAGUACCAGUUAAUCCAGAGGGUAAUUCUAUCUGGCCACCGGUUCUUGUUCAAUGGCGUAGAAGACGACCUAAUGGUGCUGUUAGUUCAGAGAACUUUACAGAUGUUUUAGAUUUUCAAAAUACUAAAAGAUAUAAUGAAAAUAUGCACAUUCCAGUUGAUCAGUAUGGACGUCAAAAAUCAGAGAUUUUACAACGUCAUCAUCAUCAUUACAGUACAACAGCAAUAUCUGAACAGCUUGAAAAUCAAUUAUGGUUUCAUCAUGACCUGCCACGAUCACAGGCUGAAAAAUUACUGAAAACCACUCCAACUGGUAGUUUUCUUGUAAGAAGAAGUGAAACAAGCAAAACAGAACUUUCAUUAUCGAUAAAACGCGAAAAUGAUGUCCUACACAUGAAAAUCUCUCAAGACCCUGAAACUGGAGCUUAUGUUCUUGGUGAAUAUAGUCAACCGUAUCCAAGUGUUUCAGCCAUGAUAUAUCGUUAUUCACGAAGUUUACUCCCGGUACGUGGUACCACUCCGGUGUUGUUGCGCUUCCCAGUUAGUCGUAUUGCAUUUUCACAUUAAAAAAACAAAAACCAGUCAAAUAUAUAUAUAUAUAUAUUCAUCUCUGUAUACGACAAUCUGUAUCCAUCCUUUAUACCUAUUUAUUUAUUUAUUUAAUAUUUGUUUAUAGUCUAUUUUCAACAGACAUCAGUUAAGCGGUUGUCGGUGUUGUUUGUUGUAAUUGUUCAUUGUUGUGGUUGUCGCACUAACUUCGUUUUGCAAUAUGAAGUUUAAAUUCUCCGCAUAUUUUGUUGAUUUUGUAAUUUUACAAUGUUGUUUGUUUUUGUUUUUUGAAGAACCAACCACCCACACCACCUUGUUGUUAUGUUAUGCUUUGCUCGAAUUCUUAACUUCAUUAUCCAUCAGUAUUUAUUGUGCAUUUCGAUACAUUUCACUCUCUCUCUUUCUCCCUCCAUCAAGCCACUUCGAGCAUAAAUCUCAAUGCUAGUAAUGUUGUAAGUAAGCGUGAAGUUUCUUUAAGUCAAGUUCCAUUACUAUUAUUAUUGUCAAGAAUUAUUUAACAAGCAUUUAACGUGUGUUUACUCCUUCAAUUCCACAUACACACACACCAGUAGUACUUAAAGGUGGUCAUCUCUCCUCUUGUAUUCUUGUGCUUUUAUUUUCUUCCCAUGCCUUCUUCUCCAUUUUCCCAUCGCAGUUUUCUCUCCCCUUUAACAUCAGUGUUAUCAAGUUAUCACUUCUACUAAUUAAUAAUAAUUAUUAUUAUUUGUAAAACACUUUUGUGAAUCAAUACUAAGUUAAUCAUGUACUUUGUACACUAACUAAUAUUAUUUACUUAUUCUUCUUUUCUGACUACUCUAUUCACAGUGAUGAGUAGUACAUCUAAAGAGUCCAUUCAAUUGUGGUUGUUGUUGUUUUGUUUUUUGAAUUUAUGCAUAAAUAAUAUUGACACGCACAAGUAUAAAUAAUAACUGCUUAGAAAUAAAGGCAUAUGUAUAUCAUCAUCCCAAUUAACAUUGAAUAUCUUAUCACAAUUGUUGAUCCUUUAUUAUUAACACCCCACCUUCUGAAAUUCACUUGACCGGUUAAACACGAAGUUUAUUGAUCUAUCUAUCUGUCUAUCUAUCGAUCUGUGAGUCAAUCCUUUUGUUUUCUAACUUUAGGUCGACUUCUUUUAUACAUAUACACAUAUAUAACAUAUAUAUAUAUAUUUGUUUACUUUACCACAACUGUGAAAGUCAAUAUUGUCUCACAUGAGAGGAGAUGGAUGACACGGUCAAUAUAAUAGACAUCAUUAUUUUCAUUUUCUUGAAUAUUUUCUUCAGUGGUUUUUCUUUCUCAAUCUUUCUCAAACAAUUAUGUUUUUCAUCAUUAUUCUUCUUCUUAUUAUUAUUAAACAAAGUCACUCAUAUUUGAAUUGGUAACUCUAUAUUACUUUUAUUAUUAUCACGUCUUCUUUUAGGUGUUCAUAUAAAAAACUUGAUUUUACAAGCUCUUUCUUGUUUAGUCCUUUUAAAGCUAUUUAUUAGCAUUAUUAUUAUUCUUAUUUUACUGCUGUUCAGAAUAAAUUUUUAAUAAAAACGAGCUUUUACGGUAAAAAAAUGAAAUACAAUUUUUACAAUACUC